GAGACUCUCUCCUCUAGAAUCUUAGGUGAAGCUGUUGCAUUUCAGGUCCAUCGACUCACGGACAGCCAGUGAAAGCACGCAGCACCACUGUAUUGCGCAAUCACCGCCAACAAUGCAUUGUUGAUCUGAAAUAAGUACAAAGGCUUUCGACAAGGAAGAAUGGCUGGUAUCCAAGGGAUCGGUGGUCUACAGAUCCAGGGCGAGCGAACAUCGGGACAAGAUGUCAGAACACAGAAUGUGACGGCAGUUGCCGCAAUCGCAAAUAUUGUGAAAAGCUCUUUGGGCCCUGUGGGGCUUGACAAGAUGCUGGUGGACGAUAUUGGAGAUGUGACCAUCACCAACGACGGUGCCACCAUCCUGAACUUGCUGGAAGUCGAGCAUCCAGCGGCCAAGAUCCUAGUGGAGCUGGCAGAGCUGCAGGACCAAGAGGUUGGUGAUGGGACUACCUCGGUUGUCAUCGUUGCAGCUGAGCUCCUGAAGCGUGCAAAUGACCUAGUGCGCAAGAAGAUUCACCCGACAUCGAUUAUUAGCGGCUACAGAUUAGCCAUGCGUGAGGCGUGCAAAUACAUAGAGGAGAAGCUAGCAAUUCCGACAUCCAGCCUUGGCAAGGAGACCCUGCUGAACGCUGCAAAGACAUCGAUGUCCUCCAAAAUCACCGGCGGCGACUCAGACUUCUUUGCACACAUGGCAGUCGACGCAGUGCAGUCUGUGAAGACGGUGGACAGCAGCGGCAAGGAGGUGUACCCUGUGAAGUCCAUCAAUGUCCUCAAGGCGCAUGGGAAGAGUGCACGGGAGUCAGCGCUGUUGAACGGCUAUGCGCUCAACAUGGGCCGUGCAUCUCAAGGCAUGCCCAAGCGCGUGGCCAACGCCAAGAUUGCCUGCCUCGACAUGAACCUGCAGAAGGCCCGCAUGCACAUGGGCAUACAGGUGUUAAUAGACGAUCCCAAGGAGCUUGAGAAGAUCAGGGACCGCGAGAGUGACAUCACCAAGGAGCGCAUCCAGAAGGUCCUGGACGCCGGCGCCAAUGUGGUGCUGACCACCAAGGGCAUCGAUGACAUGUCCCUCAAGUACUUUGUGGAGGCGGGCGUCAUCGCCUGCAGACGUGUGCCCAAGGAGGACCUCAGGCGAGUGGCCAAGGCUACUGGCGCCCAGAUGGUGCUCACACUGGCUGACAUGGAUGGCAAUGAGACCUUUGAUGCAAGCGCACUGGGCACAGCUGAGGAGGUGGUGGAGGAGACAGUGGCGGACGAUGACAUGGUGAUGAUCCGCGGCAGCAGCAACACGCGCGCGUGCACCGUGCUGCUGCGCGGCGCCAAUGACUACAUGCUGGACGAGAUGGACCGCAGCCUGCACGACGCCUUCUGCGUCGUCAAGCGCGUCCUGGAGUCCGGCAACGUCGUUGCAGGCGGUGGAGCAGUGGAGGCUGCGCUGAGCAUCUACCUGGAGAACUUUGCAACCACAUUGGGCAGCCGGGAGCAGCUGGCCAUCGCUGAGGUUGCCGAUGCGCUGCUGGUCAUCCCCAAGUGCCUGGCUGUCAACGCUGCCAAGGAUGCCACAGAGCUGGUUGCAAAGCUGCGGGCGUACCACUACACAGCACAGACCAAGCCAGACAAGGCGGCUCUGGCCAGGUAUGGUCUGGACCUGGUGAAGGGCGUGCUGCGCAACAAUGUGGAGGCAGGAGUCAUAGAGCCCGUGCUGUCCAAGAUCAAGAUGAUCCAGUUUGCAACGGAGGCGGCCAUCACAAUCCUGAGGAUAGAUGACAUGAUCACGAUAGAGGCCAGUGCAGAGGAUGAAAUGGAGGGUUGA